AUGUCCCUUGCUUGGCGAAGUCUUCGGCGCUCACUCAUAUGGAAAAGGCCACUGUCUGUGCGAUAUCAGUCAGGGUAUCCAACGAACAUGCCACCCAAUAGAAUCUUGCAGGAGCAGCAUGUGUUGCGCACGGGACUGGAGAGGUUCAUUCAGAAACAGGCAGCACGGCCAGUGCCAACUGUGGCACUUAACGACCUCCUUAAAUUCAACUCUGCAGCCUCUCACAGAGACAAGUCGCUGAUGCUAGUGGAGAACGCCAAUGAGACGUUGAACGAUAUGGUUGUCUUGGUGACCCGGCGACUCAUACAGUUCAUGAAACUGCCCUACAUUGUAGUUUUGAACGCUAAAAUCGCAGACAUCUACACUGCGUACUUGGAUACGCUGAAGGUGAUACUAGAAUUUGUGGCCAAGUGCGACCCUGCGAGCGAGCUAACCGAAGAGUUCACUUUCAAGAUCCAAAAUCUCGAACAGAACGAUCUGUUCCUCCAAAUGCUGAAAAAAACCAUCGACAUUCACACCGACAACCUCUCGAUUUUGAGCGAGGGAUUUGAGGAGAUAUCUGGACUGAAUCUUGUCGAUGACAAGACUUUUCUGAACGACCAUCUGAAGGAGCGGAUUUUGAUGCGUUUGCUGGCCAACCAUCACAUACAACUCACCGAGCAGCUGAACUACAAAGGAGAAGAGCUGGAAAGGCUAGACCAGAUCGGUAUGAUCGAGCCGAAUAUGAACGUCCUCGAGGUUCUGCACCGCUCGUUUGCGUUUGUCAACGACAUGGUCGCACUCAAAUAUGACGAGAAAAUCCAGAUGAACCUGAAAACAGUGAUAAUAAACGGCGACGAUACCACCACAGAACAGAUCGUGGAGAAUUUUGAGUCGCCGGACGGUCUGGAGCCGCUCAAAUUCCCCUAUAUCUCCAGUCACAUAGAGUAUGUGUUGAACGAGAUAUUCAAGAACUCUGCGCGGGCUCACAUAGAAAACGGAGUGAAGAAGCCUGUGGAUGUGCUUAUUGUCGUGAACAAGCCAAACGUCGAGAAGCCAGGCCCCCAAUUCUACAAGUUAGAAAUGCGGGUCGGCGACCAUGGUCUGGGAAUAAAGCCUGAGGUUCUGGACAAGCUAUUCGACUACUCGUUUACCACUUUCGAGUCCGAGGCUGUCGAGGAGGAUUCAUACAAGACACUCAACAACACGGGCGCAAACCAGGCCAACAUCAUAGCCGGCAUGGGCUACGGCCUUCCGCUGAGUCUCACAUAUAACAGACUAUUCAACGGCGAUAUCGAGCUCAAGUCCGUCUACGGCCAGGGAACAACUGUUUACCUGAAGUGGGUCGGGGUUGAUGCCAAACAAAUACCUUGA